AUGCGCAGCAUCGUACUUACGAAUGCUACAUUGUUUGCUAAGCUUUAUUGCGUCUUGGGUGCAGUGGUGCUAUCAUCGAAGGUGACGACGCAGUUUCAGUCAAAAGUAUCGCACAAUGCUAGUGAUUCGGUAGCUCGGCGUCUCGCAAAUGGUUUACAAUGCGAUUUGGACCUUUACAACGCAUUUAUCGAGUCAAAAGAUGGACAUGAUAUCUUUAUCAUGGCUGCUCUAUGCGAGUCACGCAUUGUACACCUAAAGCAUGCUCGAGCUGGAUGGUAUGGACCAAUUCCGCAAGAGGAUCUUGCUAUGGUCAUGUGCUCGGAUGAGUGUCUGCGCAACGAUGAACUGCACAAGACGGCAAUGUUGUUGUCACACUGCACGUGUGCAGAGGUUUCAGCCGAAACAUUCGUCCAACACGAUUUCUGUCUUGAGAAUUCUGCUAGACUAUUAUGCACCCAUCUUAGCGAAUGUGGACAUUGGGGCUGCGAGCUUGAGGACUUUAAUUGCCUACGUUACGAAUGGGAUCGUUUGUACCCAUGUAACAGCGCUCAUACAACUUUCAACAUGGUCGUCUGGGUAUUUGCACUCAUUAUCUGUGUAGGAGAUAAAGAGUGCUCUGAUGCUGCUUUAGUGCUAAGUGACUGUUUUCCCAUUGAACAUGUUCAGCCUUUAAAAAUUCAUGCAGCACCAAAUCCGCCCGAUAUCAUCCAAAACCCGACCGGUAUCCAUCUUACUCCAGACCUUCAUCGACAAUUGCAGAAUCUUCUGGAUCAGCUCCGAGCCGGCAAUGGUCAUUGCAGUCCAUUGCCCAUGCUUCGCAAUGAAGCGAUUCCGGUUGUUGUGGAAAACCUCACUUUGGGCUCUCGAGCUGUAAAAUUGGGUCUUGACGGCAAAGCAACUUUGUAUUGUAAGCUUGAACUAGAGAGUAGUGAUUUUAUAGGUAAAGAUACGCAGGACACCGACUGGUUUUCCUGGAAAAUCGAGCGUGCUUCUGAUUAUCGAAUGCGUGGCAACGAAGCGUUUAAGCUGAAUAAGUACAAGACUGCAAUAAGCCUCUACAAACGAGCGUUGAAAUGGCUUGAGCCACCAGUUCACUACUCAGAGGAAGAAUCGAAACAGGUGCGCGUGGUUGCAGUAGCAUGUUACGCAAAUAUGGCUGCUUGUUAUUCGAAAAUGAAGGGCGAUGGCAACGCAAAUCGAUGUAUUGCUGCGGCAUCGAAUGCCUUAAAGCUGGACUACGCACAUGUCAAAUCUCGCUAUCGUCGUAGCCUGGCGUAUGUAUUGCUCAAGGAGUUCACUUUGGCUGUGGCUGAUUUAACAGAGCUGUGCAAGCUGGAGCCAGAAAAUAUGUUAUUUCAAUCGAUAUUGAUGAAAGCACAAGCGGCCAAAACCCAGCUUCGCAAGAAGCAGCAAAAAGCUUUCGCCAACCUAUUCGACGAGAAUAAGGAGGGAAAUACAAUCUGA